GAAAAGUUGUUGCUGUAGCAGCCGGAGCUGUGGGGGCCGUUGCAUUGGCGCCUGUUGCCCUGGGCGCCAUCGGUUUCACCUCAGGAGGAAUUGCAGCUGGCUCCUUCGCCGCAGGGAUGAUGUCUUCUGCUGCCGCUGCUAACGGAGGAGGAGUGGCAGCAGGAAGCUUAGUGGCUGCUCUGCAAUCUGCAGGUGCUGCUGGUCUGUCGACCUCUGCCAGUGCAGGUGUGGCCGCUGUCGGAGGAACUGUCGGGGCCGGUGUGACCUCUGCAGUGGGAUGGCUGCGCAGCUGUUUCAGUGAUCAAAAAUGAGCUUUUUUUGACACUCAUCUGCAUUUGGUCUGACACAAAGUUCUGUCUUCUCUGAAAUUUUGGGGGUUUGUGUGUCUUUCAAUCAACUCACUUUUGACAAUCCAGUAAUAUAUGUUGUUCAUGUACAUUUGCACUGUUUUUCUCACUAAAAACUCUAAAAAUAACAUCUCCAUUUUGUGUUUUUUUAAAUUGGUCUAACACUAUUAUGAAAUAACAUCAAUUGUAAAAUGAUGAUUUGGAUUGAUAUUGACAAUUCAAUGUCUUCUGGAAAAAGAGGCAAAUACACGCAUUUGUAGGACAUUCUCUGACCCUUUCAUAGUCAAAAUUAGCAGAAAAGUCCAGGAGGACAUUUUGAGGCUUAGGCCUUAAAGGUGAUUGUCAAACAGCCAUUUAGAGACACUUUUGUGUCAACAAAGCUGCUUGUUAUUUCUAAUAAAUGUCAUAACUUCCUUCUUGGCAUGGAUUCUUGUCUUCAGUUUUUUUUUUCCUCUUGAAUCCUUUGUUCCAAUUAAAGUAGGAAAUUAUGAGCAAAAUCUAAUACAAGGA